GAGGAUCAGCAUCGUAAGACAUAUUCCUUAUCCUAAAAUUCUACGAACGACGUUUCCAGCACACGCGUGACACCUUCCCAGCCCCAACCGUUAGUUCUCUUCACCGGUAAGGUUGGUCUCCUAUAUUUUGGACAUCCGACAUGUACGUAGCCCAAGCACAACUGGUUGGGAGACUGCGAGUCACGCCACUCUGAAGAUUCAUCUUCCUAUUUUUGAAUUUCACUUGGAGUUUGCUUCUGAUGUCUGUUCCUUGGCGAGCUUUCAGCGGCCUCGGCGCUCUCUCAAUGCCACACCCUCUCCCAAUGCCACACCGUUCUUUCGCGGCGCCUUACUCCGAAUUUAGAUUUCGUUGUUCUUCUAUGGCUGGAUAUCAAGAAACGUCCACUAAACGAAGAAAGAUGAAGAUGGAAAAACCGAAAGAUUUUGUUCCGAGAAAGGACGAGCAAGAACAAAAUAAAAAACAAGGAGAAGAAGAAGAGGAAGGAAUUUCUAUUUCAAAAUUACAAGUGCCAAGGCAAAAGUACAUCUCCGUUUCAAAGGCCGAGCUAUUAGACGCCAUCGUUUCGAUGAUGUUCGAGUCGCAGAAAGAUGGAGAUGAUUCUCAUGAGUUUCUUCUUCUCUCAUCGUGCUUGGACUCCAUUGUUCAUGCUGAACACAAAAUAAUUCUAGAAGAAAUGCGUACUGAUUAUUUCUUCGCUCAUUCAACGGGGAAAGAAGAAACAUUUAAUGAGGGUUCAGAUAGUUCAUACAGACAAUCUGUUACUAAUGAGGAGGAGUUGGACAAUGCUGGAGAUGGCAUUAAUGGAGUAGGGAGCUUGGAGGGAUACGAGAAUGAAGAUAUUGAACUUGACACACCUAUAUCAUUCAUUCAUGGUCUGGACUUGAGAAAUCUAUUGGGCUCUUUGGACAAAAAUGUAAAGAAAUAUUCCGAUAGUGGAUCCAGAGUUGCGAUUGCCACUCGUUUCCAGCGUGAUUUCAUGCAACUUCUUUACAAUGCCCAGUUUGAAGAACUAUCAGCCAGGGAUCUGAUGUUGACAUCUGCCCUCAACACAGAUUAUCUCCUUACUUUACCAAUAUAUGUUGAUUGGAAGAAAGCAUCUGAAUCCAACGCAAUAAUAUUCAGGCGGGGAUAUGCAACUGAGAGGCAGAAGGGCCUCCUUAUUGUGGAAAAACUUGAUUACAUACAGUCAAAACUUCUGCGAGGAAUUUUCUUUGUAAUAUCCAAGCCAUUAGGGAAACUUGGCAGCUGGAUAAAUGAGGCACUCCAAGUUGCUAUCCAGACACAAGAAGUGCAAGAGUGGAUAAAGAGAAUGAAGCUUUGGCUUGAAGAACUUUCAGUCUUUCAGCAAUUAUUACGUUAUAGUCAAAAUGCUUCUGAUUAUCUGCCUGGAGUACAGCAAUUAUCAGACAGGGACCUUCCUAUUUGGCUGGCAGCACAGAGGGCUGUAAGUCGUUACGAAGGGAUUUUGUCAUCAGUUGGUCCCCGUGGAAGACUCCUGAGAAAAUUGCUUUCAUGGAUUGGAGUAAUCCCGGCUACACCCGAAGUGCCAUAUGAGAGUGAUGGUGAUAGUAAUGCUUCCGAACCUUACAAGAGGCCUAUUUUUUUAUCAAGGAUAUCACUUAGUGAUAUCUGGAGACCAGCUACAAGGAAAUACUGUGGCAACGAUUUCUGGAAGAUGUUUCAAACUUCCAUUUCUAUUCUUCUCUCACAGUCAGUUCUCCAGGAGCCAGCAUUCCAAGAAUUGAUUUUACUUUAUACCAAAGAAGAUAGCAAGGGCGAUCCUGAAAUUAGAGAUGAGGUUUCAUCAUUGCAGUUAAAGAUCUAUGAAAGAAUUCCAAUCCCGGAUUUACCAGUCAUCUUCCCCCACAAAAAGCUGUCUUUCCGUAUCAUUGACACGGUACGCUUGGAUGCUGCCACAGUAGUGGGACUUUUGGCAUUCUUCAUAAACUACAAGUUUGAGGACGUCUUAUCUUCACCGUAUGUAUUUCUUACUUCUCAUGAAAUAGCUCUUGGAAUUUGGCAUGAAAUUGCUCUUGCAAAAAAGGCAAUAUUUCUUGAUGUGGUUGCUAUCAGUGCUCUUAUAAUUUAUGUGACUCGUGUGGCUCUAGGAUACAAGCAGACAUGGGAUAGGUACCAAUUAUUGGUGAACAAGACACUUUACGAGAAAACCUUGGCAAGUGGCUUUGGCUCAGUGCAUUUUCUUUUGGAUGCUUCUGAACAGCAGCAAUACAAGGAAGCCAUUUUGGCCUAUGCAAUCCUUCUCAGAGCAGAGAAGGGACAGGUCCCUUGUUGCCGAAGUGUUGGAGACAAAUGUGAAAGAUUCAUGUACGAUGCUUUUAAAGUAAAGGUCGAAAUGCCAAUUGACAAGGCUAUUGAUACCUUGAUGAGACUUGGCCUUGUAACUGAAACUUCUAUCGAUGGAAGUAACAGACUGCGGGCUGUCCCCUGUCCAAAGGCAUACGAGGGCCUUAAAGAACGAUGGAAUAGUUUGCUCAGAUAGUUCGAUUGUUAAUAUCUAGGGUCAAUUUUUACAUUAGCGUCUACGUAUGAAAUUUUUGUAAAAUAUAUUAGAAAUGAUGGUCUUCUUUUUCUUUUCUUUUUUUAUUAUUUCAUUAAAGGUAUUUGAAUUU